ACGUCAAAGAUAUGAUACGUAAGAAAAGCAGUAGCGCCCUCUACAGGCUGAGUUCGAACCCGCACCGGAAGGAGCAGUUGAUGUAACAACAUUGCUAAAGAUGGCGGCGCUGGUGGCUCCACGCCUGGCCCUGUUUGGUUCCUUUUCAACCAGGUCGUUAUCCGUGUUUGCUCUGCAGCAGAGAAGCUUGCACAGCAGUACUAAAAAUGAAAUUACAAAUACGAGUGUGGUGCCGGUCAGGGAGAGAAGCACAUCAGUGGCAGCAGCCAAACCAGCAUCUGUAGCCAGCAGCAAAGGGGAGUACGUUGUUACCAAGCUGGAUGACCUGGUCAACUGGGCACGCAGGAGCUCUCUAUGGCCAAUGACCUUCGGCUUGGCGUGCUGUGCAGUCGAGAUGAUGCACAUGGCGGCCCCACGCUACGACAUGGACCGCUUUGGAGUGGUUUUCCGAGCGAGUCCUCGCCAGGCAGAUGUCAUGAUCGUGGCAGGAACGCUAACGAAUAAAAUGGCACCAGCUCUACGGAAGGUGUACGACCAGAUGCCCGAGCCCAGAUACGUCAUUUCCAUGGGAAGCUGUGCUAAUGGAGGAGGGUACUACCAUUACUCCUACGCUGUGGUCAGAGGCUGCGACCGGAUCGUACCGGUGGACAUUUAUGUUCCAGGUUGUCCUCCCACUGCAGAAGCUCUCCUCUACGGGACUUUACAGCUCCAGAAGAAGAUCAAACGUGAGAAGAAGAUAAAGAUCUGGUAUAGGAAGUGAUUGUGUAAAAUAAGCCUGUGUGUACUCGGUUUGUAAAGUUCAAUUUGGAGCAAUGCUCCUCGUCCACUUAGAGUUGCAGAAAUCCUCAAUAAAAUCACAGUUAAAUACAA